CAAAAACAGUAAAAAAAAACGAACAAAAUACAUGAAGAUUGAGAAAGAGAUAACUCACCCGGUCCACCCGCGACACAAGCUGAGGCUUGAGUACACAGAGAUCCCCUACAACUGUGAUGGGUGCAAAGAAGCUGGCAUUGGCUACAAAUACAAGUGCCAGCAAUGUGGAUUCAACCUGCACAAGGUUUGUGCCACUGGUGCUUCCAGAAUCACCCAUCCUUUCUAUGAAAAAUGUGAAUUUAAACUAUACUAUUAUCCCCCGGGCAAAGGAAUGCGAGUAUGCGAUGCGUGUAGAACUUAUGUUCAUGGAUUUGUGUACCACUGCAAGGGUUGUGACUUUGAUCUCCACCCUUGUUGUGCAAACCUCCCACAAGUCCUUGAUGAUGGGAAACACAAUCUAUACCUGUGUCACAAGCUCUCAAGCUCGUGCCACAGCUGUGGAGGCAAGGGACUCGGUUGGUCAUACAGGUCGCAGUGUAAGACCUAUAACCUUCAUCUGUCAUGUGUGAAGGAGCUGCUGGUGGAAAGCUGGCAAGCCAUGUAUUUCAAAGUAGAUAAGAAUAAGAUUAGGCAAAUGCAUACUACCAUUCCAAGCCUCAAGGGAUCACUGCAAAACCAUCCUGGCGCAAGAGGAACAGUCAAGAAGUGUGGUCAGAUGGCCGGUAGUGCUGUUCGUGCCAUUAUCUCCGCCAUCCUGGGGGACCCUUCAGCCAUAAUAGCUGCUGUAAUUGGUGGCAUCGUAUCCAUGUAAAAUAAGGGAAGACAAAUAAUCAUGCUAAUGUUGGCUGUCGUGUAUCCUCUAUUCCGUUUGUAAAUUACGAGUAGUGUAUAUAGGUUAGGAUCUUUGGGCCCAAUAAUUGCCUGUGUGAGUGAUAUAUGCUAUGCCUAUUCAUGCAUUAGCCUCAGUGUAAAUACUGCGUUGUGUGUGUAUGCAAAUAAAAUUACUGAGAAAAAUGGCUGUUGCCAGGGUGAAAAGGGAAAGUGCAGAAUCAAGUAACCAAAAUUCUGUUCAAUGCAGAAGAAUAGGAACUA